CGUACGUAUGUACCAAAGAUUGUAUAGCGCCGCGCAGCGGCGCUAUACAAUCUUUGGUAUGUACUAUGCAGAAAAUUCAAGAUGGCAGCGCCCAUGUGUUUGAUAGCCUGACAUGUUUAGCUAAAUGUCACUUGUAUAUCAACCUUUUUUGAAUGGCAUUCGAGUUAGAAUUCAUGGGAUAGGUAUAUUUUAUGUUAUGUACAUACUGUUUUUGGUUGGCCGGUGACCAGGUGACAGUUUCUUUUAAAAUCAUGCAAAAUCAACUGUUCGUCCGAUUCGUUCUCUCCACAUGCUCAACGAGCCCGGCAGCAAGCAUGGCAAGUCGACUCUUGGUCUUGUCGAAAUCAUUCGCUAGAAAUGUAUCACUAACACGUUCCUUGCCGAGGCCUACAAGAGCUCAGUGUUCUGUAAUUACUAACGGCUACCUCACGAAGGUCUCUAGAUUGCAGUUGACUCCAGCGUUUGGUCAACUGCUGAAUCAUGUGAAUCAGACAUGUCAGAACUGCUCUCCAGUUCCACUAAUUCCAGAGAAUUUUCAGAAUACAUGGCAGUUCCAGUCACUGCGAGGGCUCUCAACAUCAGCCCCUGUCCAGGGGAUUUUCUCAAAGUCCGCUGAGAAGAAGUUGACUGAAGACAACCUCAUCUAUACAGGACCGCUGAGCAACAUCGUGAAGAUGGUCAAGCUCUUCUCACUUUCCACCAGCGGCAUUUCCCUGCUGAUCCUGCAGGCACUGUUCAUCUCGGGCGAGUCUGGGUCCAUGAAGCUCCUGGGUGGCUCCAUGGCCUCACUGCUGUUCCUGACCCCAAUUCUUCUCCACUGGGUCUCCAAGUCGUAUGCCACACAAAUUUACUAUGACCAGGCUACCGACACCUAUACAGCGAACACUGUUGGGGUCUUCCUGGCCACUAUCAGGCACGACUUCACCACCGCCGAUGUGGAGAUCCCCGCUGUGCGCAACCUGAUGACAUCCAUUCUGGUCAAGGGCAGACCUCUGCUGAUCGACCCCCGAGCGUUCAUUAGUCCCAAUCACUACAGUCACCUCAUGGGAUACGACAAGCUGCCCGACGAUAUGUCGGCAGAGGAAUUGAAAAAAGUCCUGGCAGAGUUUUCAGAAGAAGAACGUAAGGACUGAGAAUACUGUCAACUGGACGAGCAAAUCUUUUUGUAGGAUUGGAGGGGUCCCUCUACUAACAGCUAAUAAACAUCAGGAAAUCACUUUUAAAAUGGUUUGAGUCAGUGUGGCAUGCAGCUUUUAUCAGCACCCGUAGACUAGUAGCGAAAUUGUGGGGGUGAUAACGAAUUUCAAACGCUGUCCAACCUGUAACCUACUUCUAAGAUGGCGGCCAUGUCCAUGCCUCUAGCUUUCUGUGAAGCACAACUAUUGCUUCACCGGUGCGCAAAGAAUUUCUCGAGGGUAGCGGAUGGAGUUGCAGGAGCCAUGAAAUGCAUUUUUAACUCUGAAAGAUUUGUGACCGUAAACAAUUUUCACACUUUUUUCAUAUGAAACUUUUCCACUUUUAGCAAUGGCUGUGCUUUUUCCUUGUACAUGUACCUGAGACUGCCAAGGCACACACACUCUACAGUUUUCCAUUAAUUUUUUCUAACAAAUCUCAAACCAAAAAUUGUAGGCCUCUGAACAUCUUUUCAUUGACUGAAUCAAGAACAAAGGGAAAGAGUAAAUCCACAGCACAAAAGGGAACUAUUCUUAAUGCUGCGAAAGAACAGUGGAGUUCCUACCCAAGAUUUAAUCACUGCAUCACUCAUAAAUUUGGCGAUUUCUGUUCAGAACAGAAUGGGCCUGAAAAGACAUAAGAAAUGGAAUGCGCAUUUCAAGGAUUUCAUUUAAAAAAUGUUUCAAUUACCCAGGUCCCAAUAAAAAGUCAGCUAAAAGGUUUUCACACUUUUAAAGCCAGCCUUUUUGCAUGUAGAUGCCUGAUGCUCUCAGGGAGAUGUACAUGUAUAACCUAAAUUAUUUCCAACAUACAGACACGCAUUGGUGAAAGACUUCAAGUACCACCCCAACUAUGAUCUGUGGGAUAAGGCCUAUCAUGUUUGCAUGUACAUUGCGUGUACCUGUUGCCAUUACAUAUAUAUAUUAUCAUUGCAGUGCCCCAUGGUAUUUGCUUAAAAUGCACUCUCUUCUGAAGGUUCAAUUCUUCUCAUCACAUUCUUUAACCCCAUAGUCCCUGUUCUGCCUGUUACUUCCAACACUCUCAAUGUAUGAGUUUCAUAGAUUUGCCAGGGAACACACUAAUAGACUGUAAUAAUGUUAACGAAAAAUGCUAACCAAAACAUGACUAAAUCCUCUGAAUUCAAUAUGAUUUCACACCCUCUCUAGGGAGUAAGGGUGAAACAAAAAGUUUAAAGAUCAAUCACUUUGGUAUUUCACUGUUUCAUUUUUUUAAAUUCAAUUUAGUUAUAUUUAAAACAGUCUAUUAUGUAAAACUAAAUAAAGAUUGCUAUUGAUGUCAAAAGCACAAGUUGAAGUCCUCCAUAUCAGGCAAACUGAAAACGAAAGUUGUCGGGAGCAUCAUUCCAAUAGAAGUCGGUUCUGAUGACGUCACACUAUGGCUCUACCAUUAUACGACUCAUUGUCUCGGGGCAAAUGCCAGUGUGCUAAGUGCUGUGCUUGCUCACACUUAACUGUGAAUUAAAAGAAGUGGGACAGUGA